UUCUGCCUCCAACACGACCAGGAGGACACUUCUCUCUCUGCUGGCGAUGGCGCGGCUGUUGCUGCUCCGGGUUGUGGCUCUCCUUCUCGGACACCCGGGAAUCGCCCUCCUGAACCCGGCUCCCGCAGUCUCCUCCUCCUCCUCACACUCCUUGAGGUAUUUCUAUACUGCAGCAUCUGAAGAUAACAAAUCAUUCAUCAUUGUUGGAUAUGUGGAUGACCAGCGGAUCUGUCAGUAUGACAGCACCGUGAAAGAGAAACGUCCUUCUGUUCCCUGGAUGAGUAAGGUGGAGGAAGAGGAUCCCUCCUACUGGAAGGAUGAAUCCGAGGUGUCACGGAAUGCUGAAGUGUUUUUCAAAGAGAGUCUGGUGAUUGCAAGGAAUCGUUAUAACCAGAGUGGAGGGUUUCACACCCUGCAGCAGAUGUAUGGCUGUGACCUGAGGAAAGAUGGGAGCAAAGCAGGAUACCGACAGUAUGCCUACGAUGGGAAGGACUUCAUCAGCUUUGACAAGGAGACCCUCACCUGGACGGCAGCUGAUGUGGAGGCCCAGAUCACCAAGAGGACAUGGGAUGCUCAAUCAACACAGAACCAGUACCUGAAGGCCUACCUGGAGGAGGAGUGCAUUGAGUGGCUGGAGAAGUACCUGGAAUACGGGAAGGAGACACUGCUGAGGACAGAGACACCAGAAGUGAUGGUGACCCGGAAGGUAGACCACGAUGGGAUGGAGACCUUGAUCUGCCGGGUGGGGGGCUUCUACCCCAAGGAGAUUGACAUCGAGUGGACAAGGGAUGGGGAGGUCUGGACGCAGGAUGUCUUCCAUGGCCUGGUGUCCCCCAACUCGGAUGGGACUUACUACACCUGGCGGAGCAUCACGGUGGACCCCAAGGAGAGAGAACGCUACCAAUGCCACGUGGAGCACGAUGGACUUCUGAAACCUGUGGAUGUGGCCUGGGAGGAGCCUGCCUCCAACUUGGGACUCAUCAUCGAGUGUGUCGUAGUGGCUCUCCUCGCGAUAGCUUACAUUGCUGUGCUUGCUUUUCUUUUUAUCAUCGAAUAUGUCUUAUGGGCUCUCCUCGCGAUAGCUGCAAUUGCUGUGCUUGCUGUUUAUUUCACCUCCAAAUUGGUGCUCAUUGGGUGUGCCGUGGGGAUUCUCCUUCCGAUUACUGGGCUUGCUGUUUAUUUCCAACUGAUUUUGGAGAUUUUGGAAGACUUCCGAGGUUUACAAAAUUCAAACAAAAAAGUAUUGGCAAGUGACCAAAAAUUCAACAUUUCUGAGGAAGGAAGUGAUAAAAAAUCCAACACUUCUAAGGAAGAAAGCGAUGAAGGGUUCGCCAGCACUGAGGAAGCAAGUGAGAAAGAUUCCCAUAACUCUGAAGAAAGUACAUCAUUGUGUUCAUCUGGCAGUUCUGGCAGCACCGAAGCAGUGUAACUGGCGCUCCAUGCAGUCAUGUCGGUGGCCACAUGAUCUUGGAGGUGUCUACGGACAACGCUGGCUCUUCAGCUUAGAAAUGGAGAUGAACACCAGUUGGACACGACUGGACUUAAUGUCAG